CAUCGAUAGGAACUCCAGAAAAUUGAGGUUUCCGAAAUCUAUCAUGUAUACCCUCCCUGGAAACAAUUAACAUGAGAUGAAAGAAAUAUAAGAACAAGAAAACACAGCAGGGACCCUGAUCCAACUACAGCCUUGUACCUCAAGGGAUUCAAUUUUCGGAGAGAUAAGAGAAAGUGAACAGUUUCCCAGACCAUAAAAAUCGUCCUCAUGAAGCUGUUUGAGAUUGAGUCAUACAAGGCAUGGGCAGCUGCAGAACUUGAGCAACAGAAAGAGGUUGAAGAGGCUGAGGUUUCUAUGCAGGAAGCUCAGGACUACCCUGAUUCUAUCACGGAAAGUGCCAUGGACGAGUUCCGGCGCUUCGAAGAGGAGCUUGAGAGCAUGUCAAAGGCUGAAAUGGAGAGCCUAGUUAACACUGCUGAGGGUGCAAGAAAGAUGGGAAAUUUGAUGGAGAAAGCUGCCUCCAUUGCUUCCAAGAAGUAUAUUGAGGCUGCACUCAAUUCAGCCACUGCUUCCAUGAAAUCUGCUUGGAAGGGAAUCUCUUCUGGCAAGGUCCAUCCUUCUUAAAACAUGACAAUAACAAAAUAACCCUCCUAUUGAAAUGUAUUUAGUUAAAAUCUGUAAUAAGAUACUUCUGUUUUAGCCUUUUGUUUUGUUAUCUUCUGUUCUUAUAUUGCUGCUAUAGAAAUUGGAUCAGAAUUGAUGUACCAAAUUUGAUAGGCUGAGAAUUCAUGAUUCAGCCACCAGUGAGAAUGCAAACAGAUUUAAUGUUCAUGACACAUUGAAAAUCCAAUACUUUCAUGGAUGAAUCUGAUAUAACAGUUAGUAGUUAGGUUUAUGAA